UUAAUUGUUUUAAAAAUUUUAUAUAGCCAAAAAGUAACCAUAUAAUGAAUACAGGAGUUCCGCAGCUAUCAUCAAAGCCUGCAACAAUAUUUUUGAUAGAUCCAAACAUUACUGAAGCACACACUCUUAAAGAAUGGUAAUGCUUAUGCAAAUAAAAUCCUUCCUAAUGUAAUUUUGAAAAAAAAUAAUACAUGUCUUAAAUAUAGGAUGACAGGGAAGGGGAAAAUUAUGAGAAACUGAUGCAGCAGACCCCAUCGAAGCUAAUGAGAAGGUCUAAGAAGAUUAUGCUUGGUGAUAUAAUCACAUAUCAACAGUUACGAAACAUGUAUUUUAUUAUAUUGGUUAAGAUAUUAACAAGAUAAAUAAUAAUAAAUUUUGAAUUUAUAACUUGAUUGCUAUUUUUUAGAAUAUGUAUUCCUACUUUAAAGCGGAGAUAUCAGCAAUAAUCAAUCCAGAAUCACCUUGUUACACCGCAUGCAAGAGUUGUCAAAGAAAGGUUUUUGUUGAAGACAUCAUAACUAACUGCAACAGUUGCAAUACUGAAGAUGCGGAAUGGGAAAUAAAGUACCUUAUGCGAUUGGAAGUUAAAGAUCAUAUCGACAAGGCAUAUGUUACACUUUUCGAUGAACCUCGGUAUCUAACUGGUUGUUCAGCUGAAGAAUAUGUAGAUUCAUUUAAUGAAGAAGGAAAGGAGAACUUAUCACCUAUGUACCAGAAAAUGAUGAGCUGUUGCGACAAAGAAUAUCUUUUCUUGGUAAAAAUGAAUAGGAAAGAUGAAGAGAAAAGAAUUGAGGGAAGAAUAACCGCUCAAGAAUUAUGCAGCCGAAACAACUUCGAACCAAUAGAAUGUGAUGAAGAUGAAGAUUCAAAGGACAUUUCACUGAAGCGAAAGAGUAUGACAAGCCUGAAAAAAGAUAUGAACAAUAGAAAGUUCAUGAAUAAUAAAAAUAUUAAAAUAGAAAGUGAGAAGUGAUACAUCAUUUAUAGCACUAUGAUGAAUACACUUAAUUAUGUUUAUUUAAACUAAUAUGUCGAGGAUAUUGCACCUGUGUUGAUUUUAAUAAGUACAUUUUAAAUAGUGUUUGUUUGUUUAAAGUAUUAUGAGUCAAACAUAUCCUAUGUAACAAUGAAAGUUUUUCUGUUAAUUUGCUCUUUUCUUCAAUUGGGAAGCCAUCAACCUGCAAGUUGGCAUUAGCUUUAUUGAUCACUUUUUAAUAAGAAUUUCCUAUUUUUAUAGUAAAGAAUAUAUAACUAAUUUGAUUCGGUGUUAUUUGCAAUGAGUUUAUGUGAGGUUCACUGAUUUUUGCAGUCAUCUUAAUAUGCAUCACGUGCAACGCACGUAUGGUAUACUAAAAACAUUUAAAAACAUAUGUGCUUUUAUAGAAUGCCAUAUUAGAUCUUCGACAUUUUCAAAUUUGGGUAAAUGUGCAUUAAGUACACAAAUGACAAUGCUUCACAUUUGUUCUUAGCUCUUGAAUUAUGAAGUAGUUGAUAAUUCCAGUCAUCCUCUUUAAUAGGACUUUGUUCCAUCAUAACACUAUUCUUUAUGUAUUUUCAAUUUUGUAAUAACUUAAAAUUUCAAAUAUGAAGGAUAAGGAUGGACCGGAGCUGAGUAUGUGGUAUGAGUUGGUGAUUAUAUAAAUGUAGGAACAGCUGGAAAUGAAGUUAUGUAUAAAUCUAUAUCUAUAUCUAUAUCUAUAUCUAUAUCUAUAUAAAAUACAGCUGAAUUAAACAAUACCCCAAAUCCAGACAUAAGAGUAAGAAUAUUGUUGAUGUAAGCAGA